AUGGCAGGAGAACGACCAAUCUUCUCCUACACAGAGACGCUUCACAAGAAGACCUAUCCACACAUUGCUCCCACAUUGGGCCACCUCUCAACUGCGGAGAAAGUGGUUUUGAUCACCGGAGCCUCUGGUGGCAUUGGCCGCGCUACAGCCUCGUCCUUUGCAAAAUCUAAGCCGAAGGCUCUCAUCCUCCUUGGCCGCAGCAACGAAAAAGACCUAAAAGAAACCGCGAAUUCUAUCAGGAAGGUUCAUGGAGACCUAGUUGUGCAGGAACACUUGGUCGAUCUUUCGGAUUUCGAAAGAGUUCUUGAAGUAUUCCGGCUUGUCGCAUCGGAGUUUGGCCGCAUUGACAUCUUAGUUCACGCUGCUGGGAUCUUGCCUGACCCUGAUCUCCUCAUUAAUGCCAAGCCUGAAUCAUUUCUCGAUAACUACAAGACAACUGUCGUCGGAACGCUAGCAGUCGCGAUGGCUUUCCGUGAGGUUAACCCAAAACCCGUCGCGGAACCCGAAGAAGACAAGGGCGCGGACCCCGACGGGACCAAGAAACUCGCGAAAAAGAUCUUCACUUUUAUCAAUUUAACCUCUGCGGGCAUUUUUUACACUCCUUACCCAAAAAUGGGCGCCUAUGUGAGCAGCAAGAUGGCCGCUUUCAAGCUUCUAGAGAGCUUUGCAGUGGAGAAUGAACACGUACGACUUCACCAAGUACACCCUGGGGUCAUCAAUACUGCAAUGUCUAGGCAGCUAGCAGAGAAGGUAGACUUGAAACUCCCAGAAGAUGACAUUUCUCUGCCAUCUGAUUUCCUUGUCUGGGUCGCCUCGCCCGAGGCAGCCUUCCUUCACGGCAAGCUUGUAUUUGCUGCUUGGGAUGUCGAUCAACUCAAGAAACGCAAGGACGAAAUUUGGAACAAGGGCGAGCCAGGUGGUGAUCUUGGGUUUGGUAUGAAGGGGUUCCCGCGAUACGUUAAUGGAAACCCUGCAUUUGGAGCUUAA